GAUAAACCGAACCUGAUGUUCAGUAUCUCGAUAUAUAGAGUCAUGUCACCUAUCAAUCAAUGUUAAAGCACCCACGUGAUGAACGCGUCGACGCGCUUCUCUCCACCGACGCGUGACGCCACCGCUAUCGAUCGUGUAAAUCCGUGCUCGGGUUCGACGCUGCAGCCUGCACUCUUGAACUAGGUGACCGUCCGUCAUCCCUUGUCCAGUUGCAGUCUGACAUUGUGUAGACCUUUUAAAUAUCCCGAUUGCGACCUCUUUACUCUAAUUCCCCCACUUCGCUGAAAAGAAUAGCACUGACGCGCUUUCCGUACUUUUGCGCUUACGCGAUCGCACCAGAUCUCUGGGUUCAACCCCCUGACAGACCUUGAGGACAUCAAGAUGGCGAAAGCAAAGAAGGCUGAAGUCAGUGACUAUGAGCGCAAGAGACAGGAGAACAUCGCGAAGACGCAGGCGCUACUGCGCAAUCUGGAGAUGGAGGCAGCGCAGGCCGGUCUCGGUAAAGCAGCAUCGUCCACAAGACCGAAGCCGAAGAAGGCAGCUCCAGCGAAGAGGGUCAAGGUCGAGGACGUAGCGCCGCGACGGACGUCUUCGCGCCUCAAGGGCAUCGAGGCAGACAGUGAGAAGGCUAAGCGCAAGGCCGAGGACGAAUACGUCGCGAUUAAGGAAGCCGACCGCGCAAAGAGGCAGCGCAUCAGUGGCGCCUUCAAUUUCGGCGACAUCACGAUUGUGGGCAAGACAUGGGACCAGAGCGGGAACUUCCUCCGCAUUGUCGGCCCUGCGAACCCUUACGAGCGCACCUUCGACUUCGACGACGCAAGCGACAUUACGGAUGAGGAUGUGAAGGUGCUGAGGGAGCGGAUAAGUGGGCUGCGGCUGUGGGAAGAUUUCGAGCCCAAUGAGAUCAAAAUCACACCAGAGCGCAUCUACGCCAUGGGUCUGCACCCUACCGAAGAGAAGCAACUCGUCUUUGCAGGCGACAAGCUGGGCAAUCUUGGAAUCUGUGAUGCCUCGCAAAAGGCCGCAGAGGUCAAGGUCGAAGACGACGAGGACGCCGAUGUAGAAGGACCCACCAUCACCACCCUCAAGCCGCACACACGGACAAUACACACUUUCCAAUUCAGCCCGCACGACUCCAACGCCGUGUAUUCCGCCUCCUACGACUCCUCGAUACGGAAGCUUGAUCUUGCAAAAGGUGUCGCUGUCGAAGUCUACGGCCCGCAGGACCCCAACGAAGACCAACCGCUCUCGGGCCUCGAGAUCUCCAAAGACGAUGCAAACGUGCUCUACUUCUCGACGCUCGACGGCCGCUUUGGCAUGUACGAUAUGCGCACCGAAGUCAGGGACGCGCAGAUCUUCCAGCUCAGCGACAAGAAAAUUGGCGGCUUCAGUCUGCAUCCCCAGCACCCGCACCUCGUGGCCACCGCGUCGCUCGAUCGGACGUUGAAGAUCUGGGAUUUGCGAAAGAUCACUGGUUCAGACGAUGAGCGGGGCCCCGCGCUGGUGGGCGAGCACGAGAGUAGAUUGAGCGUGAGCCACGCGGCGUGGAAUUCAGUCGGUCAGGUUGCGACAGCUAGCUACGACGAUACGGUGAAGAUCUACGAUUUCGGAGACUGUAAAGGCUGGAAGCCGGGCCACGAACUGUCGGAGCAGGAAAUGAAGCCCAAGGUUAUUGUGCCGCACAACAACCAGACUGGGCGGUGGGUCACGAUAUUACGCGCUCAAUGGCAGCAGUUUCCUCAAGACAACAUUCAACGGUUUUGCAUCGGUAAUAUGAACCGCUUCGUCGAUGUGUAUACAGGCAAGGGCCAGCAGCUAGCGCAAUUGGGCGGCGAGGGUAUCACUGCUGUGCCUGCAGUAGCAAAGUUCCAUCCCACGAUGGACUGGAUUGCUGCCGGAACCGCGUCUGGGAAACUGUGUCUGUGGAUGUGAGCAGCGUUAUGUGCUGGCGUUGUUGGCUACCGUGGAUUCGUUAGUGUAGCGCUGUUGGACCCGGCUCUGAAUGCAUAGUACCGUGUUCCAAUGGGUUCUGGCCUUUGGUUGUACGCAGUGCUACAAGUCUUACUGGCACAUUCAGCUUCUAUCGGUAGUCAUGUUCUUUGAAUUACGCAUGAAGAACUGCCCAUGCAGGUACGAGUAUGGUCAGAGUG